UUAUCUAUGACUCAAUAGUCAAUAUAACGAAUGAUAAUGUUGAAUAUCUCAAUACUAAGUUCAGUGAUUCGAACGCCUGUCGCUUUUAUUUUUUCUCUUGUCUGUGUUAACGUACUUUUUACAUAACAGUAUUUGGGCAUUUGGAUGAGAAAUCCAACGCUGCACAUAGAGUUAACACUUAACAUCAAUAUUUGUAGCCGCCCUUUUUACAGAUUAUGCGCCCAUUUUUUCGGAAAAUAUUAAUGCCAAAACAAAUUUUUCGAUUUUUAUAGUAUACGCCAUUUUUACAAAACACCGUCGACAUAAUAUAAAAUAUUUUUCGGUUACAUAUCAGAUAUUUUCCUCUAAAUCCAUCCUAACAAAAAUCUGUUAUGCGUAGCUAUAUUUAUGUUGAUCAAGUACAGACAAACGUCGUUUGGGACGUAAUCCCAAAUCCACUAAACAAAACUCAGUUCACUGCAGACUGCAUAGAAAUUACUUUAUGUCAACGCUAUCAUAUAAUAAAAUAUACUAAUAAAGUAAAAAUAACUACCGUUAAACCCAGAUAGCGAUAUUUGUGGAUUUAAAUCUGGAGUUGGGAGCUUUAUCGCCGUAUAUCGAUAGCACAUAGGAAAACAAGCAUAAUAUCGUCAAGUUCGGGGCAGGUGUGGAAUAGAGUAUAGACUAAGCUAAGGACAUAUUUUGUUUCAAAUGUAAAAAAAAUACCUAUUGAGAAAAGAUUCUCGGAACAAAAAUGUCGAGCUCGAUCUCUAAUAUUUAGUAAUUUGACUGUGAUAUUUGGUAUUAAACUCAUUUUAAAAACAACCGCAUAAUAAUUCGGUUAAUUUUUUGUUAUCAGUUGUGAGUUGCGAUUUGCGAAUCACAUUAUCAAGUCACACUUAUCAAAAAGCAGUUGAAAGUGGUUAAAUUUCAAAAUGAAAUGUUUAUUUUUCAAAUUCUAAAUUUAAUUAACUAUCAUCACUAAAUACCUACUUGUACAAUAUUUGUAUUUUGUAUUGAAAUACGAGUAUUAAAAUGAAUGUUCACGAAAUUAGCAAUGCCGCAUUCAUUGAUUAUUUAGAUAUAAUAAUUCAUCAAGAAAGUCAAAAAUUAAAAAAGGAUAAGACUACAGGACUUUUGGGCAAAAGUAUAGAUUCUUCUCAGAUACAUCACUUACAAAGUGAAAAUCAAAGCGAAUGUUUGAAUUCAUUAAAAUUAUCAGUUUCUAAAAAUGACCAAAGUUAUUCACCUAAACAAAGUCAUUUAUAUGAAAGAGAUAAUGAAAUUGAACGGUUAGCAAACAUAUUUACACAAUCACCCAGCUUUUUCACUUCAAACAAUAAUAAUAACUAUAGUAUUGAUUCAAAACACAAUCAAGCAUUGUUAAAGGAAAGAGUGAAUACCCAAACAUACAAUGAAGGGAAUAACCGAUCUGAAAAAGUGGAAAACUAUAACAAAACAAUUGAUGACUUAAUAGACAUGACUAAACAUGCUCCAUUCAUAGAUAAUUCAAAAACUUGUGCAAAUGAUGAUCAAUUUAAAGAACAUAACAAGAUGAAACAAGAACUAUACAGACAUGAGUUAAUGAAACAGAUAGAAGAAAAGAAAUUACUAGACGAAGAAAGAAAACGUAAAGAACAAAUUACAGAUGAAGAGAUUGAAAGAGCAGCAAAAGAAAGAGAUGAAAAAUUAAGAAAAGAGUAUGAAAGAGAAAUUGAAGAACGAGCUUUGCUUCAGCUUCAGAAAAGGUUAAUACAAGAAAAAUUGAAAGAUGAAUUAUUAGAAAAACAAAAAUCCAUUGAAACGAAAUCAUGGAAAUUGCCUAUAACAACAUUCUCAAAGCCAGAAAAAAAACAAAUACCAACCCAUUGUGAAUUUCCAAAUAAUUACAAAUUUGAACAGUUAGAAUGUCCACCACAGAAUGCAUUUGAUGAUGUUCCACUACCAACAACAAUCGUUAGACCACCUAGAAAAAUAAUGUAUAAUGAUACUGUUGAAGAAUUGAAAGAGUCAAGUAUAAAUGAACCUGAUAAUUUUUCAAUAAAUAACAUUGACACGUAUAUAAACCCAUGCAUGAAUCAUCGUAUUUCUCCUCCAAUAAUGAGACCAAAAAUGCGAGUUGGAAAAAAUGCUGUAAGACAACCAAUAGAGCCGCCAGCCCAUGUGACUUUUGCAACAGACCCACCUAUAAAAAGAGACAUUUAUAACCCUGCUGCUAUACUACCUGACACUAAGUCCGUUAUUAUAGAUUCACCACUUACUCUGGCGUUGGUUGGUAAAAAUAUUGAUGAAGAUACUACAAGUAAAGCCAUUAACAAACCAAUCAAAACCUCUUACAACCAUUCGGUCCCUGAACGAAUUGUAACAUUGUCCGAUCUUGAUUUUAGUGAUAAAGAUUUAUUAUCCAAUUUGGGCAACAUUCGAAAACAAUUAGAUAUAGAUCAUCAAAACUUGAAACAAAAACUUAAAAAUUCUUAGUAAACAGCAUAAGUGUGUUAAUACACAUUUCAUUGUUUACAAUACUCUAUUCCUAGUUUUUAUGUCAUUAUUAUUAUUAUAGUAAAAAUUUAUACAUAUAUAUAUAUAUACAUACAUUAAUGUACAAUUAUUUUACCAAUUAAAAAAAGUGAUUUAUAUUAUUUAAUAUUUUUUAAAUUUACUAUGUGC